AUGGCACCACUUGGAUGGGCGUUGUUAUUUGCCUGUCUAGUUGGAGCUUGCUUCGACAGCGCUCAAUCAUCAAUCUGCAGUCAUGCGCAGUGUCACUACGACUACGUCACUGCAAAGGCCGACUGCUCCUCGCUCCAUCUCGACUGCAUCCCCGUCAACUACCCAGACGCCCUCAUCAUGGACCUAAGCCACAACAACAUUUCAGAGCUGUCACCAGACGAUUUCAGUGGCACCUUCUCCAGGCUGACUGAACUGUACGUCGACUACAAUGACAUAUCUGAUGUGACGUCACUGUUGGGAUCCAGCGAGCUACGAAGUCUACGGAAGUUGUCUGCGAGGCACAACGUCAUUUCCAUUUUGCCGACAACCUGUCAACUUAGUUCCCUCACCAAACUAUUUGUAGACUACAACUUAAUUACAACUUUCCAGGUGCCUGAAUGCGGACCCUGA